UUCUAUGCUCUAACCACACAUUUUCUAUUUUUCAAAUCCCUUUAAAUUUUCAAAUUUUGUUUUUCGGAAGAAAUCAGGAAAGUGAAAGAGGAAAAAAAUGCUUCAUUUUCAAGUUAUUUGUGACCUUCUAGACGAAGUACAAAAAGCGCAAGGCCAUAGCAGCAAAUUGGAAAUUUUGAAAAUGAAAUUUGCAAAACUAAGAGACGAUACGAAAAACUUCGAAAAUUUCUACCAAAUAAUCAGAUUAAUUCUUCCCGAAAUGGACCAUGGGAGGAAAACUUAUAAUAUGAAAGAAAAUAAAAUUGGCAGAGCAAUAAUUAAAAUGCUGAAUUUGGGAGAUGGAAAUGAUAAAAAAAAUUUACUCAAUCACAGUAAAAUAUCUAAUGUUUCUAAUAUUAUCGAUUUCGCUGAUAUUGUACAUACAACACUUAGAAAGUAUAUUUCUAGAAAGCAAUCCAGUAUUAACGUUUCUGAGUUAAACAAUCAUCUUGAUCUUAUUGCAAAUCGUGACUCUGAUACCAAACUAGAUGAAAUUAUGUUGAAAAUGUUCAGAUCUCUAACUAAUUCCGAAAGUAAAUGGAUUGUCAGAAUUAUGUUGAAAAAAUUAAAACUAGGCAUUGAUAACAAUAAAAUACUAAAUGUAUUUCAUCCUGAUGCUGUUGAAUAUUAUAAAUCGAACAGCAAUUUGAAGAAAGUUUGUGAAUAUUUUUGGGACCCCACAGUAAAACUGAAUUUAUUGAAUUUGAAUCUUUUUGAACACUUCCAACCCAUGCUUUCUAAAAGAAGUGAUGCACAUUCUUUCACAAGAGAUUUUCCAGAAAAUAGAACAUAUUUCGUUGAGACAAAAUUCGAUGGUGAAAGAUUUCAAUUACAUAUGAAGGAUGGACAAUUCAAAUAUUUUUCAAGGAAUGGUUUCGAUUAUACCAAAGAAUUUGGAGAAGAUUUCAGAAGCGGUAUUUUAACACCAAAACUGAAGAAUGUUUUGAAUGAUGAUGUAAGGAAUAUCAUAUUAGAUGGUGAAAUGAUGCUAUGGCACAAAAAGAAGAAAAAGUUUGGAUCGAAAGGUAUGACCCUUGAUGUUAAAAAAUUGCAUGCAACAAAUGGAUUUUAUCAACCGUGUUUUUGUGUUUAUGAUAUACUCCUUAUUAAUGACCAAAUAUUGACUAAUACAGUAUUGGAAGAAAGAUUAAAACUGCUGCAACAUGCAGUUAAAAGAACUGUAGAAGGGGCUUUAGUUUUGAGCAAAUAUCAAGAAUGUAACAACCGACAAGAUAUUAUCAACAUCUUGAAUGAGUCGAUGGAUAAUGAGCAGGAGGGUAUAGUUGUAAAAGAUCCAAAAUCAAUAUACAAAUAUAAGGAUCGGAAAAGUGGUUGGUUCAAGAUUAAGAUGGAGUAUUUCGAAGAUGUAGUUACCGAUUUGGACUUGAUAUUGAUGGGUGGUUAUCACAGAGCAAAUUCUAAGGAAUUGAAAUCCUUUCUUGUGGGGGUAUUUUCCAAUGAUAAAGAUAAGAGUGUUUUGUCUUUUGGGAAAGUUUCAAGUGGGUUGAAUUUUGAAGAAAUUGAUAAUGUGAACAAAAGAUUUUCUGAUUAUGGAUUUCUCAGAGAAGAAUUCAAAAGUACUACUGAAGGAAAACUUAAGUUUGGUAAAGAUAUUCCUGAUGUUUGGCUGAAGCCGGAAAACAGUUUAAUUUUUACAGUACGUGCAACUGAACUGGUAAGAUGCAGUGAUGAAUCUUUUGGUACUUCUUAUACCAUUCGUUUUCCAAGGAUUUUGAAAGUGAGAGAUGAUAAAUCUUACGAAGAUUGCCUUUCAGUUAAUGAAUUGUUAGAACUCUGCCAGAAGAACAAAGCUGUUAUUAAACUCAAUAAAAGGCAUCUAGAGCUGGAAGAGAUUCUCACAGUUAAAAGACAAAAAAAAAUAAAGCAUAUUGACGUUGAUAAAGAUGCUUUGAUGCAGAUAAGCAAUUUUUUAAGUGGUAUGAAAUUUUUUGUUCUAACGAGAAAUGAGGAAUUAUCUAAGGGAAAAAUUGAAGAUCUCAUAGAAAGAUAUGGUGGUAGCUUUUGUCUUCAGAGAGAAGAAGACGUUGAUAUAGUGAUUGUUGGAACAAUCACUUCAGAAGUAAUACAACUAAUAAAAAAAGAAAAUAAAUUUGAUGUUAUAAAGGUAGAAUGGCUGCAAAGGGUAACCAGAGCUAACCGUUUAUUGAAAUAUAAACAAGAUGAAGUUAUCUGUAUAGGAAAUGGUUAUUACAAUUGUUUAGCCGAUGAUGUUGAUAUGUAUGGGGAUUCUUACUCAGAGGAACUGAACCCUGAAUCGUUAAAGAGCAGACUGAAUUUUAUGGCAGAAAAGGAACAUGAAAUGAAUCUUAACAAUUCCAUAAUGUUCAAGGCAGAUUUACCUCUUUUCUAUAAAUUCACUGCUUACUUUGAUUCCUAUGAAUCAAUAAACAAUUUCACUUCAAGAUUAAUUUACAACUCGUUCUUAGAUGAAAUUGAAUUUAAGUACAGAAUGGGAAAUGUUGCAACAACAUUGACACCAGAAGUAAAUCUUAUUGUUAUUGGACCGAGUAAUGGAGAGAGAAAAUAUAUACUUGAGAAUUAUGCAAAAGAGAUAAAUUGUAUCAAUUAUCAAAUAGUGGAGAGUCGUCAACUGUAUGAAGAUGAAGAAUUUUAAUAUGUCCCAUACAUUAUUAUCGUUCGCUUUGAGCAAUAAACUCAAACUUUC